CAUUUCCAAGAUGGCGGCUGUGAGGUAGCGUUUUUGCGUUUGUGAGCGCAAACAAUUUGUGGCAAUUUGUGAAUGUAUCAUCCUUCUUGGAGACACAGCCACAUCAUAAUCACAUAAAAUGAACAGAAGCAGUGGUUGUAAAGGUGCGUCAAAAGUUAAUUCAUCAACUAUGAACUUUUUUCAAGUUUUAUAUUCGUCUAGAUGGCCUGCAGGCUGAAGCGUGUGGGAUCGAGAGCGUCGUGUUCCAAGUGGUAGAGUUAGAAAUAAAUGCAAAGUAGAGCAAGAGUUAGGACUCCUGGUAUUGAGAUUAAGUUAGGGAUCUUCCACAUAUCCACUUUUUCCCCGCUGAACGUCAACUGAAUGUCUAGGUAAUGAGACAUCAAAAGUAUCCUCAAUCAACUCGUUACAUGUAUUUUCAUUUUUUUUUGCUUCAGGCUUGUUGAAGACUAUAAUAUGGCAGAUGUCAAAGUCUUUACCAGGCCUACAAGGGUGUGAUUGCCGCUUGCAGCGUUCAUUAGUUGUUUAUCAGUGGUCAAGAAAACUGAAUAAUUAUGCCUUUUUCCCAUCUUCUACUCAACGCACAAGUCAACAAGUCACAUUCUUUCCGUCUAGAUUUGCUAAGAUUUCCUGGUUGUCCAGUUUAAAAGUUUAUCCCUUGUCAUCUCGCCUUUGUUUUUCGAGCAAAGGUGAGAGCCAUAAAUUUCAAGAAAAUAACACAGUAACUUUAAAGAAAGACACUAAUUCACGGCUUUCAGACUCUAUGUCCAAGCUGAGUCACAUUGAUAGCAAAGGUCGGGCACAAAUGGUAGAUGUUGGCGCAAAGAAAGAUACAAGUAGGAUUGCUGUGGCAUCAGCUAAAGUGUACUUAGGUCCUGAAGCUUUUCACUUGGUAAAAGAAAACAAAAUUCAGAAAGGUGAUGUAUUGACUGUUGCUCAGUUGGCAGGGAUAAUGGCAUCUAAGUUGACUGCAAACCUUAUUCCUUUGUGUCAUAAUAUUAGCAUAACCCACUCCAAAGUCAAUUUGGAGCUGGAUGAUGAGAACUUCACUGUGUGCAUUACAGGAUCAGUUAACUCAGUUGGGAAAACAGGAGUAGAGAUGGAGUCACUGACUGCUGUUACUAUAGCUGCAUUGACUGUAUAUGACAUGUGCAAAGCUGUGUCACGUGAAAUUGUCAUCUCAGACAUUAAGCUUUUGAGAAAAAGUGGAGGAAAAAGUGGCGAUUAUCUUGCUCCUUAA